AUGGCCCCAAGUCUAGCAGCAUCUCAGCUUGAGCUCAUUCGCGGCAUGAUUCUAAGCAGAUUAUUGACAACCGCUCAAAUGGCCGACGUGGCUGGUUGCAAUGAGCGCAGCAUUCGAUAUAUUCGUUCGAACCUGCGACUUUUCGGCAGUGUCAAAGCACCUCCAAUCAAAGCCGGCCGACCGCGAAUGGUAACCCUGCCUAUGCUGGACGCCCUUUGCGAGCAUCUCCUCACGAAGCCGGAUCUGUAUCUAGACGAAUGACGACUUUCUUAUGGGAUGAAUUUGAGAUUGUAGUGACAACCGCCGUUAUAGGAGGGCACUUAUACCAGUCGGAUGGUCAAAGAAAGCAGCCCGUCGGAUUUCUGGAGACCAUAAUGCGGACUUACGGAACUGCUAUCUUCACAGUCUGUCUGAAUUUCGUUCGUACCGCCAUGUUCAUAUCGAUGAGGCGGGAUGCGACAAGCGGGUUAGAUUCCGGCGAACAGCAUAGUCCCCCAUUGGGAUAACACCAGUGCAAAUCUCUCGGAUUCAUCGCGAACGGUGAUAUCAAGUAUUGCCAGCGUAUGCCCAGCAUAGUGUUAUGCUUGCCUGUAAAUUCCAGGGAACUAGUGAUGCAUUGAUAUUCAAAAAUUUGUGGAGCAGCUGCUUCAUCAUUGCGAGGUAGCCGGAACCCAAACCUGUGCUGAUAAUGGACGAUGCAUCGUUUCAUCAUACCGAGCGUGUGGGACAGAAUUGUAGUAACGCCAGGGUGAAGUUGCUGUACCUGCCUCCAUACUCACCGGACCUCAAUCCCAUUGAGGAAAUGUUUGCAGAGUUCGUUCAUUAAGCGCAAUUGGAAGGUAUAUAAGGAUUACCCAGAGCUGAUAUUCGAUGCAAUACUAAAAUGGUUCAUUGACAUUGUGGGCGCCAGAAAACAGAACGCGGAAGAUCAUUUCCGACAUGUUGGGAUUAUUACUCUUCAAAUUACGGCCUUUGAGCUUGACGGAACCAACCGUAAUGAUCCGGCGUCCCGCUUGUCGAUCUAG